AUGUCAGCUGACUGGUACUAUAUGUCAGAGUCAAUGUUCCUUCUCUUUUUUCUUCUGCACAUUAUCUGUGCUUUAAAAUCUGAAGAGGAUGACUACUAUAUUAAUGGUGCCUGGACUAUUGACUGGCCAAGAAAGUUUGAUGUUGCUGGAACAGCUUUCCAUUACAAGAGGCCAACAGAUGAACCAGAAUCUUUGGAAGCACUAGGCCCUACUUCAGAAAACCUCAUAGUCAUGAUACUGCUGCAGGAACAGAAUUUGGGGAUAAAGUAUAAAUUCAAUGUUCCGAUCUCUCGCACUGGCAGUGGAGACAAUGAGGUUGGCUUUGCAUGGAAUCAUCUGCCUUGGUCAGAAUGUUCUGCCACUUGUGCAGGAGGUGUCCAGAAACAGGAGGUGGUGUGUAAAAGGCUGGAUGACAGCUCCAUUGUACAAAACAAUUACUGUGACCCUGACAGUAAGCCUCCAGAAAACCAAAGAGCCUGCAACACUGAGCCUUGCCCACCUGAAUGGUUUAUAGGAGAUUGGUCAGAGUGCAGUAAGACCUGUGAUGGAGGAAUGCGUUCACGAACAGUUCUCUGCAUCAGAAAGAUUGGGCCUUCUGAGGAGGAGACCCUGGAUGCUGCCAACUGUUUAACACACCGGCCGAUCGAAAAAGAGCCCUGCAACAAUCAGUCCUGCCCCCCACAGUGGGUUGCGCUGGACUGGUCAGAGUGCACACCAAAGUGUGGCCCAGGAUUCAAGCACCGAAUUGUUCUGUGCAAAAGCAGUGAUCUUUUAAAAACCUUUCCAGCUGCGCAAUGCCAAGAUGAGAACAAGCCACCAGCGCGCAUCCGCUGUAGCUUGGGCCGAUGUCCUCCUCCUCGCUGGGUUGCUGGAGACUGGGGACAGUGUUCUGCACAGUGUGGUCUUGGGCAACAGAUGAGAACAGUACAGUGCCUCUCAUAUACUGGACAAGCAUCCAGCGAGUGUCCAGAAACCCUCAGACCUCCAUCAAUGCAGCAGUGUGAAAGUAAAUGUGACAGCACUCCCAUUUCCAACACAGAGGAGUGCAAAGAUGUGAACAAAGUGGCAUAUUGCCCACUGGUGCUGAAGUUCAAGUUCUGCAGUCGAGCAUACUUCAGACAGAUGUGCUGCAAGACCUGCCAAGGACACUGACCCACAGGAAGCAGAAGAAUGUGCCUUGUUAUUACCAUUGUGGAAGAGUGUCCAUCGAAGAGAGCCACACAGCGGAAUGAGAUUGAUGUCCUUGCAAAUGCAUUACCCUGUGGAAAACAUAACCACUGGUCAGCCCCAGCUGACAGGAUUUCAAUAUUAUUUUAACUUCUGUGAAGUGGGAUUUAUUAAUCCAAAGUGCUGGACACAGUAUGAGGGGAUCCCAAAUUUGAAAGAUUCACACAACACAUAUAGAAUAGCUUACUGUGGAACAUUUAUGUUCUUUUGACUAAAUCAAAUAGUCUGUUUACAUCCUUGCACCAUUAAAAUAAUUUUUAUUAUGGACUUAGCAAUGACACUGAAUCCAUUUCUAUUUAAAACUGUUUAAAAUGUAGUUCUUAUGAGUUGGUCUACUAUGGAAGUAAAGAAGAACCAGAAAAAAUGUUAAGUCAUAGCUUAAAAACCUUAACUAUUUUAUCUCUUGACAUAGCACCACAAUUUAAAUUAUAAAAUGAGCUUGGAAAUGUUAUUUAAGGAGCAGAAUUUUUUUAGAAAAAAAAAGUAUUUUUCCGUCAUUCCACCUAUUUCCCUUUGGAGUAAUCCAUAUUUCCUGAACACUGCUGUGAGCCAUAUAUAAAGUUAUACUAAAUAGAACAACCAUGAGGGACUUAGUUUUAAGAGGUGCAACAGUUAUUGCAGUGGUGCAUGAAAUACAAGUGUGCUAUGAAACAAAAUGAAAUCUUCAUUGCAGGUUUAUAGCCAUCUUACCAUUGUACAAGUGAGACAGAUUUUCACUGAAAGAAACAUAUUUCAGUAUCAUGGGGGAGGCAGACUCCAGCGGUGGUGAAGACUGGAUUGCCAGUUCCUUUGCUACUACCAUAAGGGUUGUUUAGGACUUACACUUUGACUCCAGCUCACUUUUGUUUACAACACUAGCCACAAAGAUGGUUUGUGGGCUUCUAGAUUUGGUUUACGUGUUAGCUUUGAUUCUCCAAAACUGAGGAAUUUGAAUGCAAAAGAUAAGCCUACUGUGUAAUAGCAACAAUCCUUUGCAAAGCUGAAAGUUAAAAUGGAUUCCAGAUGUUCCCUCCUUUGAUACCAUAGCAGAGGUAUUGUUUAUGAGAAGGAAUAUGUGGAUGUUCUGUUCAGGAGACUGCAUCUGAGUGGCAAGGAUUGCAACCAAAGAAUAAGUGACUCAUGGAGGUAUCUAGGUUCUGUUCAAAUGAGAAGGCAAAAGUGUGCUUGGGCCAAGAGACCUGUUGGACCAUCAGAAAUAAGGCACACUGGAAAAGGGAUGGCUGUAGUGAAUUCCUUCACCUAAAUGGCCAGGUGCUUAUUUAAAGGUGGACCGUAUUUAAAGCAAGGGGAAACUUUAAGCAUAAGACUGGAACAAAGUCAUGCCUCUAAAUUAGAAGCUAGAUGCCUUAACUCUUCACUGCCAUGCUCCACUUAUUCAUAUUACCCUAUUUUUAUUAUUCACCAAAUACUUUGCAUUUUUAAAAGUGAAACCAAACUUCUUAGGCAAGUCACAAUCAGGAAUAUAACAUUAAAAAUAUUAUUGUCAUGCUCCUGUUCCCCUUCACUUUUCAGUAACAGACUCAACAAGGAGAUGAGGAAACUAGGUAUUUCUUUAUAAUAAUAUAUUGUACUUGAACAUUUGCAUUUUGUAACAGGUACUUCAUGAAUGUGAUUGUGUGUCCAACUAUGACUCCUUUGUUGCAAAGCAGUUAAAUUUAUGUGAACAAUAAUGUGUUACAAAUUCUAACUCAAAUAGCACUUUUUUUAAAAAGGUGAUCUUUUCAGUGAAAAAUAAUUUCAAAAUAUAAGAUGGAAGUGUACCAAUGUAUUUUACCAAUAACAAACCAAAUAUGUUGCACACUACUUAUUAAUGUGAAUUAACAUGGAAGAAUAGAUAAUGUUAAGAGGACUCAUACUAUGAAAUCCCCCCAACAUAUUGACGAUCUGUCAAGGUGUAGCCCCAUGUCUGUAUUCACAACCAUCAAAUUCCUGUCAUCUGCUACCUCUUGCCAGUAUUUCCACUUCUGUACGCUUGUGACCAGUGGAAUUAAUUUUCAGUUGGCUUGCAUGUAUUCACAUAUGCUUGUUAUCUGUUGCUCUCAUCACCAUGUAAACAACUCCUGUUAAAGCUGACACCAGUAGAUAAAAGCAUCCCAAUUUUUGGGAGUUGCACAUAGAGAUUAAGGGCAAUAUGUAGUCCUUGUCUGUUAAGUGAAUUGACUUCCUAUAUCCUUUUGACAGAACACCUUGGUGCUAAUAUGCCCUGGUUAGAUCAGAAGUAUGAUGAAAGGGUAAGGGGUUGUCACAACAUUCCCUAAGUAAGAGGCCUCUUUGUAUCAAGGUCCAGUUUUCUCCAGGGCAUGAUUUUGUUUAUCAGCUAAUGUGUCAUUUCAGCUAAUGAGAAAAGGGUUUUCUUUGUAUUGAAAAGAAGCCUUUUUUUUUUUUUUACCUCACUUAGGACAUGAAAAUUGUAAGGAAUGUUUCCAAAGACACAUUUUGCUCUUUUACUGGUGCUAGAACACCGGGGAUUCUCAUGUUUACUCUGCAAUAUAACAGCACUGAGGUUGGAAUUUAAAGAACUGCCUGGAGCAAUGUUGAAUUGUAUUGUUAAAGGGAACAAAACACAGAAUGUAUAUGGAUUUACAAACUAAGCAACACUACAGACUAAGACUGAAAUAUGAAACCUAAUUCAAAGAAAAAUAACUGGUUUCAAGGCACAGUUCAUUGCUGCUGCUACACUGUAGCCAUCUAUAUAAUCUAAGCUAAAUAGUGUUAUAUUCCUAAAUAGUGACAAAAGGAGUCUUUGUGCAGGCUAUAAAUAUGACAGACCUAGAAUCAAAUAGUACAAUACAAGAUGCAGAAACCUGGUGCCAGUACUUCUGCUGAGCAAUACUAUCAGCUGAUAAAUAUCAAAACAGAAAUAAAGAUCUAAGAUUAAUCCUUCAAGGUGUAUACAUCCAAAAUAGUCCAUUUCAUUAGGAACUUUAUAAAGGAGUGAAUGUCACAUAGAUAUCCUUAAUAAUACAGAUUGAAAUUACCUUUGUAUUAUUGUGAUUAGUUGCUUAUUAUUUUAUACUCAGUAUUAAUGUGGUACACUGUUACUUUAUUAUUAUUAUUUUUGCUUUUGUAAAUUAUAUUCUAAUUUAUUGUCAUGUUUCUUAACACUUGUUCUACAUGCAUUCUCCUGCUUGUAAUAAAAACAAGAUAUUGUAACACUUGAUGCAGUGAAAUUCCACACCAGGCACAGAUUUGUUUUUAACAUAGAUAAUUUAGUAAAAUAAAAGUGCAGCUUUUAAGAUUGA